AUGUUUACAUCAACUGCACAGCUUCAAAAAAGAACAGGGCCUCACGGAAUUGGCCGCUUUAGCUACUUGCAGUCUCUUGUCACCGAAUUUCAAGAUACAAGUGAUAUAGGAAUUAAAAGAGAAGUAUUGGCUAAUCUUGCUAAUUUUGCCUAUGAUCCAAUUAACUAUGAUUAUUUUAGACAACUGAAUAUAUUAGACCUGUUAUUGGAUGCAAUAGAAGAAGAUGAUGUACAGUUAAAACGGUUUGCUAUUGGUGGUAUCUGUAACUGUUGUUUAGAUAAACAAAAUAAAACUCAUUUUCUGGAAAACAAUGUUAUUAACCUUGCUGUUAAAUGUCUUUCAAGUAAUGAUAUAGAAACUGUGCUGAAUUCCAUCACAACUUUAAUGUAUUUGGUGACUCCUCAAUCAAAGAAAGAUAUAACCAAGACACCUAUUGUUGAGUGUAUGUUACGAUUUUCUCAGUCCAAAGAUAAAAGGCUCUCAAAUCUGGCAAGUGUGUUUGUAGAGGAUUAUUGCACUCCAGAACAGAUCAGUGAAGCUGAGAAAUUGCAGGCACAGUUGAAUAAUCAAAAUGGUUGA